AUGAAGGUCAUGAUUCUCCUCCUCCUCCUCCUUAUAGCCAUAGGAGCAGAAGCAACAUCAUCGGAUGUUGCUGCUGCUCCCAAUCAAGUCAACUACUUGUGUUGGCAUCUGUUGGUUGAGACCAACAAUAUCCGUGACUGGGACACUGUACCCCCUCAGUGCAAAUGCUACGUGAGUAAGUACAUGACUGGCCAACAAUACCGGGACUAUUGUAACGCCGUGGUUGAUGCUGCUAUCAAGUAUGCCAAGACCCUUAACGUUUCAAAAGAUGGCAAGGACCUUUGGGUCUUUAACGUUGAUGAAACCACUCUCUCUAAUGUUCCUUAUUAUUUUCGUCCUACGUUUCGCGCGGCCGGCGAUAAUUUUGCUGCCUUGGAUGAAGCAACGAUGCAUGAAGAGUUGUUGGCGGGUUGGGGUUAUUUUUUGGUGGUUCUCCACCGGCGAGGUGAGAGGGAUGGUGGCGGUGCAGCAGUGAGGCUAGUUCUCCGAUGA